GUAGGGGGCUCGGAGCCGUGCAGCCAGCGGGGCGCAGCCCAGCCAUGGGGCACCCGGCGAGCUGGGCUGCCCUGCUGGUGCUGAGCACCGCCUGGCAGCUGGUGCUGGGGGGCGCAGCAGGAGGGGGCCGGCGGAGCCCGCACAACAUCGUGCUGAUCCUGACCGAUGACCAGGACACGGAGAUCGGGGGCAUGACUCCAAUGAAGAAGACGCAAGCCCUGAUCGGCCAAGCGGGUGUCUCCUUCCCCAAUGCGUUCACAGUCACGCCCCUGUGCUGCCCCAGCCGCAGCAGCCUCCUGAGCGGGCGCUACCCCCACAACCACCUGGUGAGGAACAACUCCCUGGAGGGCAACUGCAGCAGCCCGGCCUGGCAGAAGAACCAGGAGCCACUGGCCUUCCCCAGCUACCUGCAGAGGCAGGGCUACCAGACCUUCUACGCUGGCAAAUACCUCAACCAGUACGGACAGCCCGCGGCCGGGGGCGUCCAGCAUGUGCCCCUGGGCUGGAGCUACUGGAACGGCCUGGUAGGGAAUUCCCGCUAUUAUAACUACACCCUGUCGGCGAACGGGCGAGAGGAGCGGCACGGGCAGCGCUACCAGGACGACUACCUCACGGAUCUCAUUACCAACCGGAGCCUGGAGUUCCUGCAGAAGUGGUCCCACCCACCCUUCCUGAUGGUGCUAGCCCCGCCCGCCUCCCACUCCCCUUGGACCGCAGCGCCAGGCUACGCCACAGCCUACAACACCACCAAGGCACCCCGCAACGGCAGUUUCAACGUCCAUGGCAAGGACAAGCACUGGCUGGUGAGACAGGCCAGGAGUCCCAUGGCCAACACGUCCAUCGAGUUCCUGGACAAGGCCUACAGGGAGAGGUGGCAGACUCUGCUCUCGGUGGACGACCUGGUGGAGAGGGUGGUGGGCCGACUAAAGGCCCUGGACCUGCUGGCCAGCACCUACGUCUUCUACACCUCGGACAAUGGCUACCAUGCAGGCCAGUUCUCGCUGCCCAUCGAUAAACGCCAGCUGUACGAGUUCGACAUCCGGGUGCCGCUGCUGGUGCGGGGGCCGGGCAUCAAAGCGAACCAGACCCGACUGGAGCCGAUACUCAAUAUUGACCUGGGGCCCACGUUCCUGGACAUCGCCGGCCUCAACGUCUCGCAGACCGCCAUGGACGGGCAGUCCUUCCUGCCGCUGCUGGUGACGCCGGCGCAGCCCAGCACGUGGCGGGCGGAUUUCCUGGUGCAGUACACAGGGGAGGGGCACCCGGACAGGGACCCAGCCUGCCCAGCCCUGGGCCCAGGGGUAUCGCAAUGCUUCCCCGACUGCGUGUGCGAAGACGCCUUCAACAACACCUACGCCUGCGUCCGAGCCCUGCACCCCCACAGCCUGCAGUACUGCGAGUUCGCUGACCGCCAGGCCUUUGUGGAGCUGUACAACCUGACCGCCGACCCCCACCAGCUCCACAACGUGGCCCGGAGCGUGGACCCCACCCUGCUGGAGGCUUUGAACCAGCGGCUGAUCAAGCUCCAGGCCUGCGAGGGGCCCAGCUGCCGGGGCUAGGGGCGCCCGCCCCCAGCUGUGCCAGGAACCCGCCGGCGGGUGCCAACAACUCAGCACACGUCAAACACCCGGGGCUGGAUGGGCCCUGCCCCCCAACCUUGGCCCCUUCAAAGGCUGCCCGGAGCCCAGCGCAGGAUGCCAGGGGGCCCCGGGGCUGGAUAAAGGGGCUCCCCCGGCCUGAGCCUGGACAGGGGGUCUCAGCAGCCACCUCCCAUUUGCUGCCCCCCAUAGGGCAGGAGUAUUUGCCCCAGACUCAGGCUCUGCCCUCAGGGAUAUUUCUGUCCUCACCCCUUUGUAGCUGUGCCUGCUCCACCCAACAUCCUGGCCCCUCCCCUGCCUCUGGUGCCCCCCUCUCCGCCCCUC